AUGUAUGCCUUCUACUCGCUCCUGGUCUAUAUAUUUUACACCCUCUUUCGCAGGGAUGGGGAGGGAGCGGCUGCAGCAGCAGCUCACACCCGGGACUCCUCGCAGGGUGCUGGCUCCCUCCCCAGAAGUAGCCGCCCCCGCCGCCGCCGUGGCCGCCGCCGCGGCGGACCACAGCAAGAUCUUUGGACUGAGCUGAAUGGCUUAGACAGCUCCUCAGACCCAGACACUGAGGCUGACAGAGAUGAGAAACAGGAGGCAACAGCUGAGGGAGCUGCAGGCAGCUCCCCAGAGGUCUCUCUGGAAGAAGCCAUCACUCAGCUGGCUGAAUUCCUGUCUCUCCAUCUGGGGACAGGUGAAGGUUGGACAAGGUCUCUGGACCCAGACAAGGCUCCCCUGCUGCUGACACUGACUGAGCAGCUCCUAGCAGUGGUAGCCUGGCUUCAAAGGCCAGGUGAGAAGCGACCCCCAAGGUUCCAGCAUGGCCUGCAGCAUCAGCUUUGUGGAUCCCAGCAGACUGAGGGUCCAGCUCCUGCUACAACUCCAACUUCAUCUUCAGGAGGGCAGCCCUUAGCCCCAGAUGGCCUAAGGGGAGCCAUGAGGGGUGAUCCUAAGGGGCAAUCCCAGCAAAGAGAGGAGGAACAUAGGGACUGGCAGUGGUUGGAGGGAACAACCCUGGGGCAGAUUGAAGAACUGAAGCAACAGCUAGAACACCAGGAGGAGGAGUUGGGCCGACUUCGGCUGGGAGUGGGGAUAACAGACUCUGAAAAGCGGAUUCAGCACCUGACAUUGGAGAAUGAGGCCCUCAAACAGAGCCUGAGCCUGACCAGGGAGCUACUGCUACAAUGGGGGACUGGACCCCUUGUCCAGACUCCCUCUCCUGCCCAGGAGGAGGCAGAGGUCCUCAUGGAGCUUAGGAGUCGGCUCAGAGAGACUGAGGAGACAACAGAGACCCUUAGGGCCCAGCUGGGGGUACAGGAGGGGCAGCUAUGGGGACUUCAGGGGGCCCUUCAAGAACUGCAGCUUGAAGCAGCCACCCGGGAGUCUGAGCAAAGGAGCAAGAGGGAGCUGAGGCAGAUCCUGAGACAACUGGCAGGUCUUCGAGGGCACAUAGUUGCCUUGCGCCAGGGCUGUGGAGACCUUCGUGGGCUGGUCAUUACCUUCACCCAGAAUUACCAGGGGGCCCUGAAGGAGGCCCAAGUACAGGUGUGCUGGGCCUUGGGGGAGCUGUCAGCCAGUCAGUGGGGAAAGAGAGUCCCUGAAAUUCGGAAGAAACCCAGAAGAGCUUAUCAGGGACGACUGCUGGAGCUCAGAGGGAAUAUCAGAGUGCUGUGCAGGCUAAAGCCAGGAAGUCCGGGAAACCUGCUGAAUGUGAACCCAGGUCCUGGGGGCACAGUCACUGCUAACUAUCGAGGACGCCAACGUCACUUCCGCCUUGAUCGUGUAUUCCCCCCUGAUGCCACCCAAGAGGAGGUGUUUAGGGAGCUAGAACCUGCCGUGCUGUCCUGUCUUCAGGGUUAUAGCGUUUGCAUCUUCACCUAUGGCCAAACUGGGACUGGCAAGACCUACAGCAUGGAGGGUCCCCCUGAGGACCCAGGCAUUGCCCCAAGAGCCCUGCAGUCACUCUUCCGGGAGAUGGGAACACAAGGGGGACCAAGACAGCACCGUGUAACAGUCAGCAUGAUAGAGAUCUACAAUGAGGCUGUGAGAGAUCUCCUGGCCCCAGGACCCCCUGAGCGCCUUACAGUUCGUCAGGGGCCAGAGGGUUGUGGAGGAAUCCAUGUGCCUGGACUCACCUGCUGGGAUGUGUCUGAUCUAAGGGCUCUACACAAGAUGCUGAAUCUGGGGAGGAGAAAUCGAGCCACAGCGGCCACACAUAUGAAUGAGCACAGCUCUCGAUCUCACGCCCUGGUCACCCUGACGCUGACCACUGCUGCUCCUCCUCAUGGCCCAGGAACUGCAGGGACGCUACAUCUAGUGGACCUGGCAGGCUCUGAGCGGGUGUGGAAGGCUAUGACAACGGAGCCCAGCGGCAGGCUUGGGGCCAGGGGCCAGCGGCUUCGGGAAGCACAGACCAUCAACCGCUCGCUGCUGGCCCUGGGGGGGGUGAUGGCAGCCCUCCGGGCACGCCAGCCCCAUGUCCCCUUUCGGGAUUCCCAGCUCACCAGGCUGCUGCAGCCUGCAUUAGGACCGGGAGCUACCGCCGUAAUGCUGGUGCAGAUCUCUUCACGCCCGGAGGAUGUAGGGGAGACCGUAUGCUCCCUUAAGUUCGCCGAACGUGUGAGCCAAGUGGAGUUGGGACCGGCCCGGCGCCACAGGACCCCAUCCUCGGGGACCCCCUCAUCGCCCAGCACCGGGGGCACUCCUUCCACACCUAGCUCUGAGGGGAUCUCCCCACAAGCAGAACAGCCAUCUCCCUCCGGAGAACCCCACCAGGUGUCCUGAUAGCCCAUGCUUACGGCCAGGGAAGCCCUAAGAGGGCUGGAGCUGAGGGUUAUACAUUUCCCUAAGUUAAUUUACUAUUUUAAAAAAAAAAAAAAAGGGCUACCCUCAAAUGCAGAGGUAGACUUGACUCCUUGCUGGAAGAUAGAGAUUCCCCCACUCGAAGCACUUGUAUUUUCUUUGGACCGGGAUAAACCUCCCACAGAUCCCAAUCCAGUCUUCUUCCUUCCCAGUCGCCAGGCCCCCUUCUCUCCCCCGCCCUUAUCAAACCCUUGCUCUUAUCGACCGCUCACAGCAGGAGGCCCAGACCCCACUGGAAGGGGGGAGGGGAGACCCCAGCUGUGAUCACUCACCCCCAAUCACAGACUUUGGGUUUAAAGUGUCUCAGUCCUUUAUUGCCUCUAUCCCUGUGUGCCCUGACCCCCACCAAGCCCCAAAGCUCCGGAGCAACCAGCUCACCUCCCUUUUCUCUACCCCUGCCCCCCAACAACAAAGGUGCUAGUUCUUCCCCCCCCAAAGCCCAAAGGAGGGGCUUUAGGCAGUGUCCCAGCCUUUUCUUUCAGCCCAGAGAUAGUAUGGACUGGGGAAUGGACAGGACCUGAUGGAUGGAGGGGGCAAACUGUGAUAGGAAAGGACAUAAGAUGUUUGAGGGGGUGAAGAAAAGGGAAAGAAUUCCGGGUCGUCAACAGAAUUGAGUUGGGGUCUCUAUUUUGGCUCUAACUUACUGAAUGACCUUGGGUAAUUUCUUCUCCUCGAGCAUGUUUAUUUCUCACCAAAAUUAGGGGGUUAAACUGUGAUCUGAAAGGUCCUUCCAAUUCUAAGAUUCUGUGACAAAUGGACUGUCCCCAGGGCUCCAGCCAGGCUCCAACUACAAAGGGAGCCUCCUUCUCACUGUCUCUCUCCCUCUGGGAAGCCGUGGCAGUAUCACUCCACAAGGCCUAAUAAAUUCCACAAGGGUUCUAA